AUGGAAUGCCGCAAAGAACUAAGAUGCGAAUGUACUGGACUCGAUUCUAUCGCAUCCAACCCUCUUCGCGACGCACAAGAUAUUUCCUACGAUAGUUGGCUUCGUGCCGUGGAGGAAUUCUCCAGGUUGAGAUUGAGCCACGAAACCGAUCGAUUGAGUGCCUUGUUAGGUAUUGCCAAGGUUUUCCACGCUAAAAUGAUGUCUACAUAUCUUCAAGGACUUUGGGCUGAAGAUCUUGCAAAGGGCUUACUUUUGCCACCGAAGAGGCAAAAUGGAGAAGUAGCUCCAACGUGGUCAUGGGCUAGCAUGGUGAUGACAGAGGGGAUUGGAAUAAUCUUUCCAGCAGCCCAUGAUGCAUCAUUCUCCAAAAAUUCACAGUUCCAUACUUCGGACCCCGCUUCACUACCCACAAUGUCUCUCAGCACUUCAUCAUUCGAAAACUUCCUAGAAACAAAAACAAUUUGCAUUAAUACCGAAUAUUUUUUCGCAACAGUUUUUCUGCCAGAAACGGGGGAGAACACGAUGCUUGUGUUUGACGCGGAUAUUGAAGACAUGAUUUGA